UGCAUGGUUUUGACCAGCCUAGGCGUCGUUGCGUCUUUCACUUGAUUCUUAAUUUGCAGUGUAUCUUAAUAUAGAAUUGUUGACGUAGUAGGAAGAAUUUUCGGCACAAGAGUGUGUUUCCUCGUUUUCCGAUCGUUUUAAGACAUGACGCUUUUUCAUUUUGGGAAUUGUUUUGCUUUGGCAUAUUUCCCAUACUUCAUCACAUACAAAUGCAGUGGACUAUCUGAAUACAGUGCAUUCUGGAGAUGUGUUCAAGCAGGAGCCACCUACCUCUUUGUACAGCUCUGUAAAAUGCUGUUCCUUGCCACAUUUUUCCCUACAUGGGAAGGAGGCGCAGGUGUAUAUGACUUUGUUGGGGAAUUCAUGAAGGCCACAGUAGAUAUGGCGGAUCUGCUGGGCCUUCACCUCGUCAUGUCCAGAAAUGCUGGAAAGGGAGAAUACAAAAUAAUGGUAGCAGCCAUGGGCUGGGCCACAGCGGAACUGGUUAUGUCAAGAUGCAUUCCCCUAUGGGUGGGGGCUCGAGGGAUUGAAUUUGAUUGGAAAUACAUUCAAAUGAGCUUUGAUUCCAACAUCAGUUUGAUUCACUACAUUUCCAUGGCUGCAGUGGUAUGGAUGUUUACAAGAUAUGACCUUCCAAAAAGCUUCCGUCUGCCUGUAACUGUGCUGCUGGGGCUCUGUGUAUACAAGGCAUUUUUAAUGGAGCUGUUUGUUCAUGUUUUUCUCCUGGGGAGCUGGAUGGCUCUGUUGUUGAAGGCUGUACUCACUGGUGCCAUCUCCCUUUGUUCUCUCUUCCUCUUCAUCACACUGGUUCAUAGUAGCUGAGGCUUUUCCUGUGUCACCACGUGUUCAGCUCCAUUUGGGAUGUUUUAUCUGUUGAAGGGGUCAGCUUAACUGUUAGUGAUGUCUAUGUUUAUGAUUAUUUUUCACCAACAAUUAAAUUGUACAGGAAUAUCUGUUCUUAGUGGGGAUUUUUAUAUAAAAAUUCUAGGGUGAACUAAUAUUUCACAGUAAUUUGUGAUUUAAGCAUUCUGGAUUAUUGAUUAUCCUUUAGUCAUUUUUGAUGAUUAAGGGGAGACUGGGAUCUGACCUGUAGUGGAUGAAUCCUGUUAUUGCACUUGUAAGUUAACUCAGCUUCUAACACUGAUCUGUGUUCCUGAGUUUCUCUUUGAAAGGAGAAUUUAACUUAUUUCACAUUUGAGAUCUAUGCAUAUUGAACAGUUUUUACAAUAAUUAUUUCCAUAAUUUCUUGAAGCUAAUUAAAAUAAAACUCCCAUUUCCAUUGA